AUGCCAGCAGGAAAACAUCAAUGUAGCAGCUUCAUUCUGUUGAUAAUGGCUUUGUCAGUCAUGUUAGAGGUCUGCAGGGUCCAUGGCUGUCGGACUGGCUCUGGAUCAGAGUGUGAAAAAGCUCCUUUUGUCCCAGGCCACAACCUGGCAGGAGAGGGCUUCGAUGUGGUGCGGAUGCGUCGAACGGGCGCGUAUGUCAUCAACGUCAAAGCUCACCUGUCUGAAAACCGCACCUGCACACUGUGUCCCAACCGGUUCCAAAACGGACAGAUUCAGAGGCUUCCAGCGGCGGUGGUGGACUGGCGUCCCUUCAGCCGCUGCAGUAAGCAGCUUUCUAGUGCCCUGCACCACUCGGUGGACUCCCUGCUGCGCAGCUCCAACUCCCUGGUUAACAACAACUGGUACCUGGAUUUGAGCCUUGACAAAGUUGGCAAGGCAGUGCUCGGAGGAAGCAGAUCAGACCUGGCAAAGUUUGCUCGUUCACAGCACAGCGUGGACAAGGCCACUUUUGCCAUCCAUGAAAUCAGUUGCACCUACUACAGCUACAGGCUGGCUGAUCAUCCCCAGCUGAGUACAGAAUUCACAAAGCAUCUGACCCGACUCCCACCGAGUUUAAACACAAGCCAGGACAGAGCCAAGUACAGACGUCUGAUAGACACCUAUGGAACUCACUAUAUAUACCAGGUCCAACUUGGCGGAAAGGUGAAGCGAAUCACUGCCUUCAGGACCUGUCUGGCCACACUGAAGGGUUACUCAGAGUCCGAGAUCAAUAACUGCCUGAACUCCGAACUCCGAAUGGCUCUAGGUUUCGUCCCUGCUAAUGCUUCCUUCUCCAACAAGUGUGAAAACUUCCUGAAGGGCAAUAUGAGCAUGGGCUUCUACCAAGGCUUCAUGACCCACAAGACCGAGGUUAUCGGGGGGGAGAGGUACUUCCCCGACAUCCUCUACGAGCAAGACCCAUCUGAAGCGUACCGCAGCUGGAUGAACAGCCUCCACGACAACCCUGAUGUGGUUUCCUACGCCAUCUUCCCUCUGCACCAUUUGGUGGAGGACUCGCAGAUCAGUGACAAUCUGAAAAGCAUUGUCACUGACUACAUUAAAGAGAACCAGCUGCAGGAGGGGCAUCCUGCUUCUAAGAGCUGUUCCCCGACUCCUAACCUGGAUCACAACUGUUGUCCAUUAAGGGCUGGCAGAGGAGUCCUCAGACUGGAGAUCCACAGAGCUGCAGGCCUGAAGGCGGACACAUUCACAAAAACAGAUGCUUACCUGAAAAUCUUCUACAACGGCAAGUACGAGGAAACUGCGACAGUAAUGGACGACAAUAACCCAGUGUGGAAUGCAACGUAUGAUUUUGGUUCUGUUGAACUGGGUCAGGAGAUGAGGUUUGAAGUCUGGGACAGGGAUGUGCUCUAUAAUGACAGGGUUGGGAUAUGUCUGCUGUUUCCUGAGAGGGGAACUCACUCCCUGAGCUGUCAGCUCAGUAAAGGAGUUCUCUACUUCACCUACACCGUCAGAUGUGAUGCUCACUUGACAGGCUUUAGGUGUGGACGCUACUCCCCCAAUGCUGAGUAGGUUGUUAGGUGACAAUGUUUCAACAUAUUUAGAUAUA